AUCGUUUGAACUUGAUAAAGGCAAGUGGGGGCUUUGUUUUUUUUUUGACGUCAACUGAAUUUGAUUAUUUUCAACGGGUCAAGAUGGCGGAGGAGAGCAGGUUGCAGCAUCGGAAUCACUCUCCGCAAAAUUGCAAAAACAGCAUUUUCGGCGAAGGUGAGCAUGGGGUGGAGGGUGUGCCUCAUAAGAUGAGCCCUGAGGAAGAGGAGGUCCUGUUGUCGGAGGAAGAUGAGGAAGAGGCCUUGUCGGCCAGGCCGGUCCAGAUCGUUGUGGCUCACGAGGACGACCACGCCUUUGAGCUCGACGAGGCGGCGCUGGAGCGCAUCCUGCUGCAGGAGCAUGUGCGCGACCUCAACGUGGUGGUUGUGUCGGUGGCCGGUGCCUUCCGCAAGGGCAAGUCCUUCCUGCUGGACUUCAUGCUGCGCUUCAUGUACAACCAGACAUCUUGCUCCUGGCUGGGUGGGCACGAGGAGCCACUGACGGGCUUCACCUGGCGGGGGGGCUGCGAGAGGGAGACCACGGGCAUCCUGGCCUGGAGCGAGGUGUUUGUGGUGGACAAGCCAGACGGGAGCAAGGUUGCUGUUCUUCUAAUCGACACACAGGGGGCUUUCGACAGCCAAUCGACCAUCAAAGAUUGUGCGACGCUGUUUGCGUUGAGCACCAUGACCAGCUCUGUACAGGUUUACAACUUGUCUCAGAAUGUGCAGGAAGACGACCUUCAACAUCUCCAGCUCUUUACUGAAUAUGGGAGGUUGGCCUUGGAAGAAAUCUACGAGAAACCAUUUCAGACUUUAAUGUUUCUUAUAAGAGACUGGAGCUACCCUUACGAGCAUUCUUACGGCUUAGAGGGAGGGAAGAGUUUCCUGGAGAAGAGAUUACAAGUGAAACAGAACCAGCACGAGGAGCUGCAGAAUGUCAGGAAGCACAUCCAUUCCUGCUUCUCGAACAUUGGCUGCUUCCUCCUGCCCCACCCCGGCCUCAAGGUGGCCACCAACCCCAACUUUGAUGGCAGACUCACAGAUAUUGAUGACGAUUUCAAGACUGAGCUAGUCAACCUAGUGCCAAUCUUGUUGUCCCCGGAGAACUUGGUGGAGAAAGAAAUCGGAGGAUCCAAAGUGACGUGCCGAGACCUUGUACAGUAUUUUAAAGCAUACAUGAAAAUAUACCAAGGGGAGGAGCUGCCUCAUCCCAAGUCAAUGUUACAGGCAACGGCUGAAGCCAACAACCUCGCAGCUGUUGCAGGAGCAAAAGACAUUUACAACAAAGGCAUGGAGCAGGUGUGCGGAGGCGACAAGCCCUACAUGGCCCCCGAUCAACUGGAGUGCGGCCACGCGAACCUGCUGCAGGUGGCGGUCAAACACUUCCGCUCGGUCAAGAAAAUGGGCGGCGAGGACUUCUGCCGGUGCUACCAGGAGCAGCUGGAAGCAGAGCUGGACGAGGCCUUCACUAACUUCAUCAAACACAACGAUGGCAAGAACAUCUUCUACGCUGCGCGCACGCCCGCCACGCUCUUCGCCGUCAUGUUCGCCAUGUACGUGGCGUCGCUGGUCACGGGCUUCCUGGGUAUCAACACAGUGGCCACGGUGUGUAAUCUCAUUAUGGGCGUGGCACUGGCUGCGCUCUGCCUUUGGGCCUAUGUGAAGUAUUCCGGCGAGUUCCGCGAGGUGGGCAGUGUCAUCGACCAGGUGGCCGAGACCCUGUGGGAGCAGAGGACGCCACGAAAGAUCUUUUCCAAACUCUUUGAGGUGGCGAGGAGUCGAGUCUCGUUGGAUUCCUUGAUAACGGCCCAGAGAACGAGACUGGCCUCCAACAACAAUGUCAAGAAGAAAAACUAGCACCUGCCCCCCCUUCGCUUGGUUUCCAGUGUCCAUUUUUAGGACCAUAUAUAAAUGUUUUCUUUUUUGAUAGCUCAUGGUCCCCAUGCCAUGCUGGUUUAGUAUUUAAAAACUGCAUUUUAUACCUGGUUUGCACCACAAAUGUGGAAUACAGGUUGGCACUUUCAUGGUUGAUUUCUCAUAUGUUGUGGGGUUUAGGGUGGGUAGGGUGACAUCGGGGAGUGUGUGUGCUCUCAUGAUAAGCUGCCACCAUUUCCAUUUUUGGUAUGGAUGAAUGUACGAACAAACAAAUGAAGCUUGCUUUCCUUUCUUUGCUCCUUUCUCUCCACCUCCAGUUGUUGGUUUUAUCCUCCUUUCCCCCUCCCUUUCAUCUGACGUCUUCCCCUCCUUCUCAUUUUCUUUCCCACCACUCUUGUCUCUCUCCCCAGGUGUUGAAGCCUCUGGGCGUUAACUAUAUGGAGGAUAAAAUUAGGCUGAGUGUGGUCAAGUCUCUGCUUGUCUGAGCGAGCCGUUGUCACAGCACGGAAAGUUAGAGUAAAUGGGAGACCCACUGCCCACAUUAAGUGUCAACUCGCCCGUAGAACCAACGUUUACAGCUUUACCCUCUGUAAUUGGUCCUAGCCGCUCGUCACUUAACUUGGGCACCCAAUGAGAAGGUGGCAUUACGAGCGGUUGGCAGUGUGGAGAAGGAUGAGCCCGCCUCCUUUUCUUUGAUCAGACUGCUGAUUGGAUGUCUUGUGAGAUGCAUCUUCCCCCCCCCCUCCAGCCAAUGGAAACUGAUUUAUUGUUAUAGUGACAGGACAUUUUGUGGUAGUUUUAUUUAAGCGGGGCCAAUUUACAGCUCAGUAGUUUUAUUAGUGGUUGUCUGGGACAUGCAGCGUUUAGAGGACUAUUUAAGCUACAAUGUACUCCUCGUCUUCUCUAAGAUCUUUCUCGUUUUCCUUCCUACUUGUCUGAGUGAAUGGAUAUUAAUCAAUGUAAGAACAACCACUGCUCUCUUUCACUAACACUUGUCAUUGGCGUUUUGCGACUACACAGUUACACACCGAUCGCGGUAUAGCUAGUUGUAGCCUGCCUAUUAGUUCAGCGUCACUCUCCCACCUCCCACCACAUCUCUCAACCAGCUGCUCUUAAGGUGAAUCAUUUUGUAUUUCUAUUGAAGUAUUAGAAUUAUUAUUCUUCUGUUGCAAUUAUUCCAUCCAGACCAUUACCGCCAAUGUGUGCUGUUUUGUACAGUUUUUUUUUUUAUUUUAUUAUUUUUUUUACUCAUCCCUAAUGGGGCAUGUGUACGAAAUAUACAUAUAUAAAUACAUUUUCUAUACCUUUUUUGUAGCUGGGAGAACAAUGGUUUCGUGGUAGGCCACUGUGCAGUUUACUGUAUUUAAAUGAAUGCUUUCGUGAUUUGUGUAUGUCCAAUAAAUUCUUUUUAUAUACAUUUUGUAAAGUAAUCUACAUUGAGCACUGCAAUUCCACCCCUGCUGGCAAAGAAUGUUUGUAAACUUGAUUUUCUUCUGUUGCAGUUUAAAGUUAUUAUCGUUAAUUUAUUUUUCAAGACGAGAUUAAAACACUACAGUAUAUGAAGUAA